AUGGCUGAUACGAAAGCAUUGCCCGUUUUCGCUUUUACCGAUGAUCGAGUACAGCUUCAGCAGUUGCGUGCUUAUAUGAGAGAUCGUGGGUCGUCGAUAGCAGAAGAUGGGUCUGCAGAUUUCAAUGAAAAUUUGGCAGAAUUGGUGAGAGAAGUGAAGCUACUGGGGAACUUAGAAAGCGAUAAGGAAGUGGAGAUGAUUUUAAAUUCAAUUUCAUCGCUUAUUGUUGUACUUACUCCGGAAGCUGCUGAAAAAAUAAUCAAAGAGUUUUGUGCACAGCUAUCUAAUGAGGUUUUCAAAGGUACUGGAUGGAGCAGUAAUGCUGCAGCGGCUGUUCGGACUCUAUCAAAUUUGUUUUCUGCUUUUAACAAACAUCCACAAGUGCAACAUUAUCUUUACGUUGCAUUGGUGACUCUUUGUGGACGAGCACGAAUUAUAGGGGACCUCGAUACAAGUAAUGAGAUUGUUGAACAGUAUAUCAAGCGAUGGUCAUUGAAUCAGAAGCAGCAGCGUAACCUUUUGAGAUUAAUUCAUGGUGCCCUGAUUAAUGAUGAAAGGGCCGAUCAAGCUGCUAAGACAAUGACGGCUUUACUAGGAACAUAUACUGAUGUUGAUGCUGCAUCUGCUGUGGAAGACGCUCGUGAGUGCGUGCGAACAGCAGUUGUCGACCCGAAAUCAUUUAGUUUCGAUCAUCUAUUACAACUUCCUGCAGUUGAAUUGUUAGAAAAAAGUGAUCCGUUGAUGCAUCAAAUACUUGAGUUGUUUUGUUAUGGAACUUUGAAAGAUUAUCAAGCUUUUGUUCGAACGCAUCCAAUGUUCAUUACUAACAAAUUGCAUGUUGAUGAUUCAGUGCUAGUGAAAAAAAUGCGGUUACUGACCUUGAUGGAUAUGGCCGAAAAAAAUAAUGUUAUUCUUCUUCGAGAUUUGUCACGCGAAGUUGAUAUACCUGAAAAUGAAGAACUGGAGGAGUUUAUAAUUGAAGCCAUUAGAAUAAAUGCAAUAUGCGGCAAAAUAAAUGAACAAAAGAAAGAACUCCAUGUAAGUUCCUUACAGCACCGAAGUUUCGGUCGUCCACAAUGGGAACUACUUCACAAACGAAUUAAUUUAUUGAUUAAUAGCUUAAAAACAUCGCAUGAAAAUAUAAAAAAUGUAUCUAGUGAUAGAUCUACUUAA